CUGCUCGGCGAAACCCGGUCUCCGGGUAAGAUGGCAGCGGACGGACAGUGCUCGCUCCCCGCUUCAUGGCGGCCAGUGACCCUCACCCACGUCGAAUAUCCUGCAGGUGAUCUCUCUGGACACCUCCUCGCCUACCUGAGCCUCAGCCCCAUCUUUGUCAUCAUUGGCUUCGUGACCCUCAUCAUAUUCAAGCGGGAGUUACACACCAUCUCGUUCCUUGGAGGCCUGGCGCUGAACGAGGGGGUCAACUGGCUGAUCAAACACGUCAUCCAGGAGCCCCGGCCCUGCGGAGGCCCCCACGCAGCAGUGGGCACCAAGUACGGGAUGCCGUCCAGCCAUUCCCAGUUCAUGUGGUUCUUCUCCGUCUAUUCCUUCCUCUUCCUGUAUCUGAGAAUGCACCAAACAAACAACGCCAGGUUCCUGGACCUGCUGUGGAGGCACCUGCUCUCCCUGGGGCUCCUCACCGCAGCCUUUCUGGUCUCCUACAGCAGGGUCUACCUGCUGUACCACACCUGGAGCCAGGUGCUGUAUGGGGGCGUCGCUGGAAGCCUCAUGGCUAUCGCCUGGUUCGUCUUCACCCAGGAGGUCCUCACCCCGUUGUUCCCCAGGAUAGCAGCCUGGCCCAUCUCCGAGUUCUUCCUCAUCCGAGACACGAGCCUCAUUCCCAACGUGCUCUGGUUUGAGUACACAGUGACCCGGGCAGAAGCGAGGAACAGACAGCGCAAGCUGGGGACGAAACUGCAGUGAGCAGAGGGCGUGGCUGGGCCCAGCUCCAGAUCUGGCCUACACCACGCCUCGCAGGACGGACGGGAUGAUGGACAGCAGGAGGACGGACAGAGGGACGAAGCUGAGACCUCUACAGACCCCAGUCACCAAGUGGAGCCUUUUUUUUUCUUAUUUUAAUUUUGAUGAACAAGGUGGACCAAAGGGCUGAGCCGGCCCCUCUGCCAGGACCCUGGAGGACCUGCUGCUUGGGGACCACAUGGCCGGAGACCCUCCCUGCACUGCUGCCGGCCCCCCGCCGGGCGGAACGUGCCCUCGGUGUGGGCACCAGGGCGCCAGGGAGAGGACGAGGGCUUGCGCCUCUGGUCUCGGGGCAGGGUUCCGGGGGCGUGACGAGUACCUACUAUUUAUUUUUUGGUUUUCUCCAAGGCGGAUGGGAUUUCCGAGGUGGGGCCUGAAGGGCCCGUUCUGGGUACAGUGGGGCCCGGGCUGCAGCCCGCCUUGUCCUGGGCCUUUAGGGUGGCCCAGCAGGGGUGGGGGCCAGGAGUGGAGCACCCGAGCCCCCCCUCCCCGCCACUGUGCCAUUCCAGUGUUUCCCUGUCUGGGGGCGGCUGCGAUUGGGGUGUACCCGGCGUGGACCCUGCAUCACAAGGGCUUUCUCUGGUCCCGUGCCCAUGACGACAGCCCCUCUCUCUGACAAGCGCCCGCGCCAGCUGGCGGGCACGCCUCAGCCGUUCCCAGCUCGCUGACCUGCCACCCGGUGGUGGGCCCUCCUCCCCACGCAGACAGAAGGCCGCAGGAGCCGGGCGAGGGGAGCCGGGCAGUGGGCGCCCGCCGGGCCGUCCUGGCCGCCCCUCCCCCACAGCCCGGGGGAGGGCCGCGGCUCCUGCUGCGGGACGGGGUGCCCCGUGUCCCCCCGCUGCGUUGAGGGCCCCAUCUGCUGAUGAAGCACAACGUUCCGGUGCUUUCUUCCCUCUUUGUUGGAGACAGUGUCCAAAAGCCAUUCCGGACGCCAGGGCCAGGGGCUCCCGGAGGCAGGUCGGGCCCCACCCCCCUUCCCUUCUUGUUUUUAUUUUGUACUUUUUGCCUGAGACAAGCCAAGUGUGAGGUGGUUUGACUUCAGAAAAAUCAAUGAAAUUGUUUACUAUCGUUUUAAAAUAAAACCUGAAACUCGGGUGGCCUGA